AUGAGUUUGGUGGAAGCUCAAUGUUGGGUGCAAUUCUUGCUUGGGACACUGAACUGUCUUGGACGCCGUAGGAUGCUAUUGAAGCACUUUAGGAGACGAAUUGGAUUGAGGGUUAUGGAGAUGGGGAAGAAGCUUGCAGAGAAGAUAAGGAUCAAAUGGCCUUACAUUGUCGUGAGUAAAAUGAAUUCUGAAAGCCACAAUUAG